AAUACUGUUAAAUAGAAUCAAUUAUAUAAUUUGCUGUGGUGUAACGCUUCAGUUAUUUAAAAUGCAUGUUUAUGACGAUUGAUUGACGAACACCUAUUCUCUAUCGGAAAAUAUUACACAACAGUUUCUGCUUGGAGUAGGGUUUGAUUAGACCUGGAAUACAUUUGAACAAACGACUGAAAAAUGGGAAAGGAAAAGAUCCACAUCAACAUUGUCGUGAUUGGUCAUGUGGACUCUGGCAAGUCCACAUCAACUGGUCACCUGAUCUACAAGUGUGGAGGUAUUGAUAAAAGAACAAUAGAGAAAUUUGAGAAGGAGGCUGCUGAGAUGGGUAAGGGUUCUUUCAAGUAUGCCUGGGUGUUGGACAAACUGAAGGCAGAGAGAGAACGUGGUAUCACCAUUGAUAUUGCUCUGUGGAAGUUUGAGACCACCAAGUACUACGUCACCGUCAUUGACGCCCCAGGUCACCGUGAUUUCAUCAAGAACAUGAUCACUGGAACGUCACAGGCAGAUUGUGCCGUGCUAAUCGUUGCUGCAGGCGUUGGAGAAUUCGAAGCUGGUAUCUCAAAGAACGGCCAGACGAGAGAGCAUGCCUUGCUUGCUUACACACUUGGCGUGAAACAGUUGAUCGUAGGUGUUAACAAGAUGGACGUCACCGAACCACCAUAUUCUCAGGCAAGAUUUGAAGAGAUCGAGAAGGAAGUUAGCACUUACGUUAAGAAAGUCGGUUACAAUCCCAAAGCCGUAGCCUUUGUACCAAUUUCCGGUUGGCAUGGAGAUAACAUGCUUGAAGAGUCAGAAAAAAAUAUGGCGUGGUUCAAGGGAUGGAAAGUCGAAAGGAAAGAGGGAAAUGCUUCGGGCAAGACACUGUUUGAAGCUCUUGACUCCAUUCUUCCACCCGCAAGACCAACAGACAAACCUCUUCGUCUGCCUCUCCAGGAUGUUUACAAGAUUGGAGGCAUUGGAACAGUACCAGUCGGCCGAGUAGAAACUGGUAUACUCAAACCCGGUAUGGUCGUGACAUUUGCUCCAUCACAAUUAACUACUGAGGUUAAGUCGGUCGAGAUGCACCACGAGUCUCUACCUGAGGCUUUACCAGGUGACAACGUUGGUUUCAACGUGAAGAACGUUUCUAUUAAAGAUAUCAAGAGAGGAAAUGUAUGUGGAGAUUCAAAGAACGAUCCACCGAAGGGAGCUGCAAACUUCACUUCCCAGGUGAUCGUACUCAACCAUCCAGGUGAAAUAAGGAGCGGUUACGCACCUGUCCUAGACUGCCACACAGCUCAUAUCGCCUGCAAAUUCGCAGAAAUCGAUCAAAAAAUUGAUCGGCGUUCCGGUAAGGUUUUAGAAGAUAAUCCGAAGUUUGUUAAGUCAGGGGAUGCCUGUAUUGUCAAGAUGGUUCCAUCAAAACCAAUGGUUGUUGAAGCGUUCGCCGAGUAUCCUCCUCUGGGACGUUUUGCAGUGCGAGAUAUGAAACAAACGGUGGCUGUUGGUGUCAUUAAAGCCGUCGAGAAAGCCGAGAAGGCUGGAAAGACUACUAAGGCGGCUCAGAAAGCAACUGGAAAGAAGAAAUAAUAUAAGGUCAUGCAAAAACUAUCAGCAAUUUUGCAAAAUCAUGUAGACUAUUAUUCUGCAAAAAAAUUUUCUUUAUUAAAUAAUCCCAAAAUUACACUGGACGAUAUAUCUUUUUCUUAAUUGUUAAACUUCGAUUGAAUCGUGUACAGCGGCUCAAAGAACCAACAUCAUGACUGAAGAAUAUAUUAUACCAAUAA